AUGGAGACUGUGAUAGACAUCAGCGGAUGUGCUAAGGAAGACAUAGUGAAGUUUGUGUCUCAAUCUUUCAAGGGCGAUGCCCUCACUUGGUGGAAAGCAUUAGUGCAAGCCACUGGAAAGGUCCCUUUGUAUAACCUUUCAUGGAGCAAGUUUGUUGAUUUGGUGAAGGACACUUAUUGUCCUCAACAUGAAGUCGAGAGGAUAGAGACUGGCUUCCUCACUUUGGCAAUGAAGAAUCUGGAUUGUAGAUCCUAUGUGACUAGCUUCAACUCGAUGUCAAGGCUUGUACCAUACUUAGUCACCCCUGAACCCAAACGCAUUGCGCAUUUCAUCGGUGGCUUGGCCCCUGAAGUGAAAGGGAAUGUUAAGGCUUCUAAGCUAGCCACUUAUAGAUCUGAUGUGGAUCUAUCUUUAUCCCUCGCUCUUGAUGUUGUAAGGAGUUGGGCAAAGAAAACUACCAAUGAUGGGAAGAGGAAGAGGAAGGAAGACAAGUCUCCUCAGUCAAACAAGAAGAGUAAAUGGAACUUUAAUUCCAAGAAGGGGCAGUCAAGUGAUAAGCCCAGGUGCAAAACUUGCAAUAAAAGGCACUUUGGGAAGUGCAAUCAGGACCCACAAGCUAAACCAUGUGGGAUUUGCAAAAAGAAAGGGCAUAAGUCUGUGGAUUGCCGGAAUAUCAAGGAUGCAACUUGUUAUGGUUGCAAUGAAAAGGGGUACAUUAAGACAAAUUGCCCCAAGAAUGCUAAGAAACCCGAGGAGGCAAAGAAAAACAAUGCGAGAGUUUUCAGAUGA